UUCCUGAAACAAAAAGGCGGCGGCGGCGGCGAAGGAGACGGAGACAGAGACAGAGAAACCCAGACCGACCCCCGGAGCCCGGAGCCCGGAGACAUGGAGGAGGUGGACCGGAUCCUCAUCCGCGCCCUGGCGCAAACCGGCAGCGCCAUUCCAGAGGACGUAGAAAGCAUCAAACAGUUUUCCACAGAGCUGAUUGUGGAAGCAGUCGUGCGCUGCUUGCGAAUAAUUGAGCCCUCGCUUGGGAACAGCAUCAGUCACUUGCUUCCACCGGGAAUGUCGGCCAGGUUCCGGAUUGGGAUGAGCCUGGCACAAGCUUGUCAGGAUUUGGGAUACGAAGGGGAGAUCGGCUACCAGACGUUCCUGUACAGCAACGAGCCCGAGAUCCGGCGCCUCCUCAUGUUCCUGGUGGAGAAGCUGCCUCGGGACAGCAUGGAUUCAGCACAUCAGCCAGCAGGGAAAUCUGCAGUGCUCCAGCGAUCCAUUUCUUCUCAAAUCAAGCAGCAACUAUCCGCCCCCUGGGUUCCACCUUCUCUCAGGACUCCAUCCCUGCUCUGGACUCAGAGCUCCCGGCUGAUGAGGAAAUUCCGGGCUCAGCCUCUCAGUUUACCUGAGAACGAUCCGACUGGGAAGAGAACUCUGAAAGAAGUGAAGGAGUAUUACGAACGGUACCUCCCUCCUGUCAGUGCCCAGCUCUGCCACCAGCACUCUGUUGCAGCGUCACUGCUGGAGCGAACAGCUGCUGACGUGAGUGCCGUUCAGGAGUGGGAGAUGGAGUGGAACAGCCAGGGCCUCAUGUCUCGCCUUUCUCCUGAGGAGUACAAAGCGAGAAAAGGCCAGAGGCUCCAGAAACGGAUUCAGGAGCACUUCCAACAGACUGUGCAGCACGGCUUCGGGGCACAGAGUUCACUGCCUUCAGAUCCUGACCUGACGCGUAUACUCCAGUCCUAUAGCACUGCGAAGGCCGGCACUGACUCCAAAGGUUCCCGCUUCACACACACCGAGAAAUUUACCUUCACGCAGGAGGCUGAGCAGAUGGUCCUUCAGAUGGAGGUAGCUGGGAACACUCUAUCCUCGUCACGGGAGCCUGAAGAGGAUGUGAAAGCUCACCAGGAGGAAGAGGUGAGGUCUCUGCAGCAACAGCUGGAGCAGGUAACCAGGAGCUUUGAGGAGGUGGCACAAGACAUGAAGCAUCUGAUGGUCAACAUCACUCAGGUUGAGGAAGAGUCUGGUGUCCUGGAGCAGACGAACAAGGGGAAGGAGGAGUUGGUCCGAGUGAAGCGAAGGACGUUGGAGCUUCUCCCAGACGCAGAUAAUAACCUGCUCAAACUGCAGGGGGUUAUUGAGAGCAGUGCUCAGAGAAUCGUGAACCUGGCCAAUCAGUGGGAGAAGCACCGGGUGCCCCUCAUCGAGCAGCAGCGUCGUCUCCGAGCGUUUAUUAAUAACCGCGAGGUGGAAUCGGCACAGAAACUGCUGGAGAUUAAAGGAAUCCAUGAGAAGAUAAAGCAGUCAGCUGAGGAGGUGAAGCGGAAGGAGGUUCUGUACAAGCAGUUGCUGAUAGAAUAUGAGAGUCUCCCAAAGGAGGUGAGCCGAGCUGCUUAUACACACAGAAUCAUGGAGAUUGUGGAGAACAUCAAGAAACAGAAGGAGGAGAUCACCAAGAUCCUGUCAGACACAAAGGAACUGCAGAAAGAGAUUAAUAACCUGACCGGGAAGCUGGAGAGAACCUUUGCUGUCACAGACGAGCUGGUCUUUAAGGAUGCAAAGCGAGAUGAAGCUGUUCGGAAAGCGUACAAGUACUUGGCUGCUCUGCAUGAGAAUUGCAGUCACCUGAUUCAGACAAUCGAGGACACUGGAACGAUCAUGAGGGAAGUCCGAGACUUGGAGGAGCAGAUUGAGUCAGAGAUGGGGAAGAAGACCCUGAGCAACUUGGAGAAAAUCCUGGCCGAUUAUACUGCUAUUCGGCAGGACAAUGCAGCACUGCUGAUGAAACUGAAGGACAGCUAAUGGUGGGGCAAAGCCCCAAAAGAUCGGGAUUAUAUUUGUACAGCUGAGUGUCCACGGGAGCAGGAUAGUGGAUGCAAAUGAAGCUGGAAAUGGUUAGAUAAGCACAGAGAACGAACCUGGUACCUUCCAGACCCUGGACCCCCUCCUCCCA